AAUCUUUGUGACAUUUGGACCUUUGUUUUGGACCUGACUUGGCCCCUUCUCUUAUCGUUGGUUGCCCCAGUUACGUAGCAUCUCCACUUCGAGCACCAUGUCGUUCCGCCCGUUGGUCGAGGGCGACUGCGGCGGAGUUAAUCCUCUCAUGCAGCUGGGCGGACAGUUCACCCGCGAUGUUGCCCACAAGGAUGAGGGUUAUGUGCAGCGGCACUUCGAGCGAGCUCCCCGUCCCGAGGACCAGUUGAUUAACGAGUUUCUGGGACAGGUUGCCGCCCCGCCGCAGUCAUUUCAGAUGGACACUCUGCUCCAGGAGAUGCGGGAUAUAAACAUUCACGGGAACCCGCAACAGCAGAUGCACUCCCAACAGGCGGAGCAGUGGGGACAGGACUUUGCACGCGGACUGGCACCCGCCCUGCCCAACAAGAUGAUCCACAUGCAGGCGCAGCAGCAGGACCUGCAGCAUGCCCAGGAGUUCUUCGACGAGCCGCUGAUUAGUAGCCAGAACUUUCGGCCUCUGCAGCGCCAACCUUUGAUGUCCAUUACGGCGGGACAGCAACAGGACCCAUUCUUUGACUCCGCCAUGGAGACUAUCAUCACAGAUCAUCUGCCACAGGCGCCACAGGGUGAAUCGCUGGACGACUGGAUCAGCGACUACCAGCGCAGCACCGAACAAAAAGAGCAAACCGCCUCCAACUUCAACGAAAAGUUCUGGGAGCGUCUGCAGGACGAGUGGCAGAAGCUGUCCGACGAGAACGAGCAUCCGUGGCUGUCGGAGUACAACGACAAUAUGGACGCUUACAAGGAGUAUGAGUUCGCCGAGGGCAACCCCAUGUCCGAAGUGGAGAACCCGUUUGAAAAGGGCAAGGAGUACCUGGCAAAGGGGGAUAUACCUAGCGCAGUUCUUUGUUUCGAGGUGGCGGCCAAAAAGCAACCGGAGCGCGCUGAGGUCUGGCAGCUGCUGGGCACUUCGCAAACAGAGAACGAAAUGGAUCCGCAGGCCAUUGCGGCACUGAAGCGGGCCUAUGAUUUGCAACCGGACAAUCAACAGGUCCUGAUGGCCCUGGCCGCGUGUUACACCAAUGAGGGCCUACAGAACAACGCUGUGCGUAUGCUGUGCAGCUGGCUGGCGGUGCAUCCGAAGUAUCAGCACUUGGUCGCAGCCCAUCCGGAGCUUCAGGCCGAGGGCACAUCGUUGGCCUCCUCGCUGAUUGGUCCGAGUAAGCUGCGCGAUCUGCAACAAAUCUACUUGGAGGCAGUUCGACAGCACCCGGCAGAGGUGGAUGCCAACGUCCAGGAUGCCCUCGGUGUGCUUUACAAUCUCUCCGGGGAGUUCGACAAGGCGGUCGACUGUUACCAGUCCGCACUGCAGGUGGAUCCCCAAAAUGCCAAGACAUGGAACCGCUUGGGCGCCAGUUUGGCCAACGGUUCGCGCUCCGUUGAGGCGGUGGAGGCUUAUCAGCAGGCGCUGCAGCUCCAACCGGGCUUCAUCCGCGUGCGCUACAAUGUGGGCGUAUGUUGCAUGAACCUUAAGGCCUACAAGGAAGCCGUGGAGCACCUACUGACAGCGCUUACCAUGCAGGCGCACACUAACGCCGCCCGUGAGCUGCCCAAUGAGGCGAUGGCGGCCACCUUUAGAGGGCAGAACCAGAUGUCCGAGUCCAUCUGGAGUACCCUGAAGAUGGUCAUUUCACUGAUGGGUCGCAGUGAUCUCCAGAGUCAUGUGAGCGAUCGCAAUCUGGCUGCUCUUAACGAGGCCUUCAAGGAUUAACCAGUCCGCCUGUCAUGCUCUUGUGGUGUCUAAAUUUCACUCUGGUAGUGUAAUCAUUCCCUCUCGGUUCUUAUUUUUUGUAUAAAUUUGUCUAUUUUCUUAAAUUUAAGCAAUUAAAUAACUGUUGGAUAAA